AUGUCGGGAGUCAGGAACCUCCGUGCCAUGUUCGAACAGAAGGGUGAGAACACUCCUCCAGAUCGUGGAAGAUCUCCUGGUCCAUCCGGUAUUUCAGUUGGGUCUCCCUCUCCUUCUCAUUCGCCUCGCCCGCUUUCCAAGGUUCGGACCACCUUUGUAGCAAUCGAAAAGGACGGCCGGGUAGGGUUGAGAAAAGAACCUAGCGAAGAAUCAGUCUCCGUAUCCAGUCGGAGGCUCAGCGACGAAACCGACGCUAGUACACCGCAGCCGGUACCUGAGAAGCCAGAAGUUUUAACCGAGAACAUGGCCAAGAAUAUUUCGGGCUUCAAGACGAAUUUGUCUGAAGAGCCUAUUCCAGAGUCGCCAAUCCCAACCGCCCCUCCUAAGUCUCCUGCAAAAUCCUCCCCAAAGAAGGAGAGUCGCAGUCCUCCUCUUGCCCCGAACCCAAAUCCGGACAAGGUGACAGAUGAGGAGGAAACGAAGACGAAACUACUGCCAGGGAAUCCGACAGAGAAGUCGGUGUCAAGAGGAAGUAGCGUAGCGCCAGCAAGUGGACGUACUAGCGCAUCAACAAAUGGUAGCAAGACAAAGACCACGACCGCCACAAAGCCUGCUCCCAAAGCCGUUUCGACCGCAGCCAAAUCUGUUUCUAGGGCUCCUAGAUCGCCCAAUACUCUCAAGCCGACCAGCAGUACUACAAAGGUGUCUUCCGGCAUCCCGACCUUGGCUCCGCAGAAGAAAUCGACACCUGCUUCGUCCAGAGAGCGCGAUGCCCCGAAAAAGGCGGCAACUACAACUACCACAAAGCCAGUGGCCACUUCUAGCAAGAAGCCAACACCCAUUGAUCUUCCUCCUUCGGGAGCCGGAUUUGUGAAGCCCAAGCCCAAGUCACCUACCCGACCGGUCAAGUUACCUUCGUCCCUUACGGCGCCCACUACGUCUUUCGCUUCGAAGCUGGGAAACGGCACCGCAGCUCAUCCUCCCAGACAAUCUCUCUCACGAGCUUCCGGCAACGCUCAGCAUUCUAAUGUCAGCUCUACUACGCAUAGGUCGCUUAGCAGGCAAAGCCUAUCAGGUGUGAGUACUACCUCGACUACCAAAGGUUUGAGACGCGGGAAUUCGGCUGGCGGUCGAGCACGUCCGAGUCUUGGGCUCCCUCCGAAGCCAGUGUCUAAGGACCACCCUAUCAUCAAAAGAGAUGGCCACGUUGACGAAAGCUUUCUCGCGCGGAUGAUGCGACCGACGCAAAGCAGUUCUAGCAAAACCGCGGAAAAGGCUCCAGUGACACCGCCACGAAAGCAGAGCACACCUUCAAGUGUUCAGAGGAAGGCUGAGGGGAGUGUGAAGAAAUCGGUAACCAGGGCACAGUCUGCAACGCAUAGGGCCAAAGCAGCAGUAGAGCAUGCAAAGCCUGCCGGCAAGAAACCUCCGACGGCAAAGGAGGUUGCUCCAGUUGUCGCCCAGACUGAGACAGCAGAAGCAGCUAUUGAGACAGCCAAGGUCUCAACAGAUACUUUAGUUGAGGAAAGCAGUGUUUCCGCAGAAAAGUCACCGGAGCAAGUGGCAACAAUUCCCGCGGUCACCGAAGACCCAGAGAAGGUUGAAGAUAUCGAGGAUUUGGUUCAGGAGGCACUAGAGCCUGCCGCUGAGAUUUACGCAGCUAACAGCGAAACCGGGGGCAUGCAAGAUGAGCAGCCCGUAUCCGAAGGCACCGAUGAGGUCGUUCUUCAGAGCGAAGCCGCUAGCACCACGGAAGAGGUCAAGGCUGAGGAGGAAUCCAAGGUGGAAACUAUUUAG